AUUUCCGAAUGUAUCUUUUUCGAAGCGGUACAAUAAUCAACGUAACCGAUCAAGAUGACGGAAGGUACAGCUACCAUCAGAACGAGAAAGUUCAUGACCAAUCGACUUUUAUGUCGAAAACAAAUGGUUGUAGAUGUUAUCCAUCCUGGCCAACCAUCAGUUCGUAAAACCGAGAUUCGAGAGAAAUUAGCCAAGAUGUACAAAGUGACUCCAGAUGUUGUCUUUGUGUUUGGCUUCCAAACUAACUUUGGUGGUGGUAAAUCUACUGGAUUUGCGCUCAUCUAUGAUACCUUGGAUUUCGCAAAGAAAUUUGAACCUAAAUAUAGGCUAGCAAGGCAUGGCCUUUUCGAAAAACAAAAACAAACUAGGAAACAGCGUAAGGAACGUAAGAACAGAAUGAAGAAAGUUAGGGGUACUAAAAAGAGUAAAGUUGGAGCAGCAUCUAAAAAGGGAAGGAAAUAGAAAAAUGAUCAUCAUUUGUACUACAGAAUUCUGGAGGAGCAAUUUCUUAUUGCUUAAUCAGGUAAAAGAAGCCAUUUUGAAGACCACACAAUCAUCAACGUAAAAGUUAUUAUAUUUUACUAUGGAAUAGCGCCAAAAUUAUAAUAAAUUUUACGG